UACAACUUGAAACUGCAUAUGCAUUUGCAUAUGCACAUGAAUGAAUUUUUGAUACAGAAAAAGAGAGAAAAUGAGAUUUCGUGGGAAGUUUUUCUUCCCAAUUCUCAUGACUCUAUCGUUAUUUCUAAUAAUUAGAUACAACUACAUAGUCUCCGAUGAUCCUCCUCUCCGGCAAGAAUUCCCCGGUCGCCGAGCAGCCUCUUCCAGAGAUGAGGUCACAUAUUCCGUCAAGACUCCGUCAAAGAAGACAAAGAGACUGUUUCACACGGCGGUGACAGCCACGGAUUCCGUGUAUAGCACGUGGCAGUGUCGGGUCAUGUACUAUUGGUACAACAGGUUCAGGGACGAACCGGGAUCGGAUAUGGGUGGGUAUACCCGGAUCUUGCAUUCGGGUCGACCCGAUGGACUCAUGGAUGAGAUCCCUACCUUUGUUGCUGACCCUCUUCCUUCCGGUGUUGACAAGGGAUAUGUAGUUCUAAAUAGGCCUUGGGCGUUUGUGCAAUGGCUUCAACAAGCACAUAUAGAGGAAGAUUACAUUCUCAUGGCGGAACCUGAUCAUAUCAUAGUUAAACCAAUACCAAACCUAGCCAGAGGCAAUCUCGCGGCUGCGUUUCCCUUUUUCUACAUUGAACCGAAGAAAUAUGAAUCGGUUCUCCGCAAAUUCUUCCCCAAAGAGAAUGGACCAAUAUCAAGAAUCGAUCCCAUCGGGAAUUCUCCAGUGAUUGUCACUAAGAAUGCAUUAAUGAAAAUUGCUCCAACAUGGAUGAACGUUUCUUUGGCUAUGAAAAAUGACCCACAAACAGAUAAAGCUUUUGGUUGGGUUCUUGAAAUGUAUGCAUACGCUGUUUCUUCUGCGUUACACGGCGUGAGCAACAUUCUACACAAAGACUUCAUGAUUCAGCCUCCUUGGGACACCGAAACAAAGAACACGUUCAUAAUACAUUACACUUACGGCUGCGAUUUCGACAUGAAGGGGAAGAUGAUGGUAGGGAAGAUUGGAGAAUGGAGAUUCGAUAAACGGUCUUACGGGAGUAAACCGCCCCCAAGAAAUCUCCCAUUGCCUCCACAAGGUGUUCCCGAGAGCGUGGUGACAUUGGUGACAAUGGUGAACGAAGCUACAGCUAAUAUUCCCAACUGGGAAUCUUGAAAAGAAAUUCUUUUUUUUUUCCUAAACAAGACUCUAUUCCUUUAAUUCUGUCCCAAAAAUGUAGUUGUAGAAAAUAUACGAAUGAACGUUACGGCUUUCUGUUUCAUAAUCAAUCAUACAGCAAA